AUGGCUCGCACGAAGCAGACUGCCCGUAAGUCCACCGGAGGCAAGGCCCCCCGUAAGCAGUUGGCGACCAAGGCCGCCCCGCCCGGCACCGUGGCUCUGCGCGAGAUCCGUCGCUACCAGAAGUCCACCGAGCUGCUCAUCCGCAAGCUCCCCUUCCAGCGCCUGGUCCGCGAGAUCGCCCAGGACUUCAAGAGCGACCUCCGCUUCCAGGGCUCCGCUGUGCUCGCCCUGCAGGAGGCUGCCGAGGCGUACCUGGUGGGCCUGUUCGAGGACACCAACCUGUGCGCCAUCCACGCCAAGCGCGUGACCAUCAUGCCCAAGGACAUCCAGCUGGCGCGCCGCAUCCGCGGCGAGCGCUCUUAA